AUGAGCGUUGAACAGUGCUAUAAGGAAUUUGUUGAAAGGCUAAAGCAAUAUGACAAUGAAACGGAUGAUCGUCACGAGAAAAAGGUACUAGCAGCUCGACGGGAAUUGGCAAGAAAAGUAACACUCAUCUUAUUAAUUCUGCUCCACAAAUUGACUGACCAAAAUCAACAAUCAUCUCUGAUUAAACUGUUUGAAGAAGAUAAAACAUCACAAAUUCUCAAUUACAAGAAGCAAAUGAAAAGACACGGUGAAGGCUUCCAUAUCACACAGAAACAGUCAACAUUUCAAAUGCUUACCCUGUUCGAUACAAAAGACGAAAAGCUAGAGUUGAAUGUGAAACUGCUCGAGUUUCUGUGUGAACAAAUUGGCGACAGUCCGGUAUCGAUCACAUCAACGAUUGGCAGAUAUCGACAGGGAAAAACUUUGUGGGCGAACUGCUUGCUAAAAAAGUUGAGGACGGGCGAAUCACGAUUUGAAUCUGAGGAAACAAUUGGUGGUGACGGGAUGAUUCCUUUCAAAUCGGGUUCUUUCGGACACACGAAAGGCGUUAUGAUUUACCCAGAAGUGUUCUUCGAAGAGGACAUUCUUGGAAAUAAGAAAGCUCAUUUGCUCAUCGAUGUUCAGGGAACUUUUGAUCCAAGCUGUGACCAGUCCAUCUCCACGCAACUUGUUGUCAUUACAGCUCUUAUCUCUUCGACUUUGGUUUUGAAUGCAAAAGGACAAGUUGACUUGUCCGAUUUGGAAAAGAUGAAGCUCGUCAUCACUUUCUGCAAUCAAUUUCAAACAUUGAAACGUCAUCAUGGGCAAAUAUUUGGGCAGCGUUUCCUUUUCUUGCUUCGCGACUCGCCACAAAAAGGCUUCGAUAAUCGACAUUUGGAAGUGUUAGAGGCACAAGCUGGUCGAAUUCAAGCCCACAAACAGCUACUCCACGACUUUUGCGGUGGCUAUUCGAAAAUCGACACCUACCAUAUUCCACCACCACCACUGAAAGUCUUUCAAGCCGAUCGAGAGAUUCUUGCAAAAGAUUGUGAGAAAGAAGACUUCCUCAAUAGUCUUUGUGAUGCAGCUGACUUUGUGAUCCGAAGAUCUGAGCCAAAGAAAGUUGAUGGGACAGCGUUGAAUGGCAAAAGUCUCAAGCUUUAUAUAACAGCAAUGAACCGUUACUAUGCGUCACAAAAUCAAGAAGACGCUCAUCAGUACUUUCAAGCUUGUCUUCAACAGUUAGCAAUAUCCAACAACGAGACCCCAUUUGAGCCAUCGAAAUAUGAGAAGCUUCUACAGCCAAUUGUUCAAAAAACUAUUGAGGAAUUCAAAUCGAAUCGUCUUUUCACUUUUGGAACAAAUGACGAACGAAUGAGUCGCUUGGAUGAAUUUCAGAAACUUCUGGAGAACUCAUGCAAAAAUGUGAAAACCUUUAAUGCACAACUGUAUGAUGCUUGUCAAAAGGGGAAAUGGAACUCCACGCAUGCUAUGGCGUUGAGUGUGGCUAUCGGGAGUGGUGGCAGCGGCAGCAUUCGUUGCAACUGGUCCCGGUAUAGCCGCUACUCCACUCGUCUCCACAGCAAUUGC